AUGGCCUCCAGCGGAAACAAGAACAUCAACGCCAAGCUGGUGCUUCUUGGAGAUGUUGGAGCUGGAAAAUCAAGUGUAGUGUUGCGCUUUGUAAAAGGGCAGUUUGUUGAAUUUCAGGAAUCAACAAUUGGUGCUGCCUUUUUCUCACAAACAGUUGCUGUAAAUGACGCAACUGUAAAAUUUGAGAUAUGGGACACGGCUGGUCAGGAGAGAUACCACAGCUUAGCUCCAAUGUACUAUAGAGGAGCUGCGGCCGCCAUUAUUGUAUAUGACAUUACAAAUCAAGCAUCCUUUGAUCGGGCAAAAAAAUGGGUGCAGGAGCUUCAAGCACAAGGUAAUCCAAAUAUGGUUAUGGCUCUUGCUGGGAAUAAGGCUGAUUUGUUAGAUGCAAGAAAGGUCGCAACGGAGGCAACACAAGCAUAUGCACAGGAGAGUGGCCUUUUCUUCAUGGAAACCUCUGCAAAGACAGCUACUAAUAUCAAUGAACUAUUUUACGAAAUAGCCAAGAGACUGCCUCGUUUGCAGCCGGUCCCAAACCCGUCGGGCAUGGUUUUCAUGGAUAGACCAGCAGAGAGGGCUGCUAGUGCUUCUUGUUGCUCUUGA